CCAACUGAAUAGUAAUUCGACUCACUGUCGUUUGAGAAAGGGAAGAAUAGAGGGCAGCUUGUAGUGAACAGCUGUAAAGGGUUCGGGGUAGUGUUUUUGAAAUUAUUUCGUUUAUACAGCCUGCUUGUUUCCAAAUAAUUAUCCUGGCGAAAGGUUGAACGGUGAAAUGGAGGCGGACAGAUCCGGCGGAGGACCAAACCCGAACUCCGGAGGCGGUGGCGGCGGAGGCAGUGGUACUAGCGGAGCGGGGCGCAACCCUAACGGGCCCAAAGCAGGACCGGGCCAGACCACAUCGGGUGCCGGAGUCGGGCCAAUGGCAGCGGCAGCUGGGGCCAUCCCCGGGUCGUUCCUGCCUCGAGAGGCGCAGGACGGGGACUCGGGUAUGACGCUUCCCGGGAUCCUGCACUUCAUCCAGUACGAGUGGGGACGCUUCCAGGCCGAGAAAUACCGCUGGGAGGCUGAGAGGGACGAACUCAGGGCUCAGGUGGCAUUCCUGCAGGGUGAAAGGAAAGGCCAGGAGAACAUGAAACAAGACCUAGUGAGGCGGAUCAAAAUGUUGGAGUAUGCCCUCAAACAAGAAAGAGCUAAGCACCAGAAGCUGAAAUCUGGAAACGACCAGAGUCCUGGAGACAAGAAGCCUGAGAUGGAGGCAGAUCAGCUUCCCAACGGACCAGCUGAGACAGACUCUGAGCCACCCAAUCAAAUGUCAUGGAAAGAGGGUCGUCAACUACUACGCAAGUACCUGGAGGAAGUCGGCUAUUCAGACACCAUCUUAGACAUGCGCUCCAAACGCGUGCGCUCCCUGCUGGGGCGGAGCAGCCCGGAGGCCAACGGGCCCCCGUCGAGCGACGGCUGUCCGGAACCAGAACCCCGAGCAGCUGGAGACUCGUUGUUGGUCAGACAAAUAGAAGAACAAAUUAAAAAGAACGCAGGCAAAGAAAGCUCCAAGGAGAGCGUCGGCAGCUCGGUGCUCGAUAAGAUCCCCUUCCUUCCCGGCUGCGAGGACGACGACGAAGAAGACAGUGACGAGGAAGACGACUUCCAAGGCAUGACCACUGACUGCAUCGACGGUCCGCGCAAAAUCAAAAAGCCCCGUGUAAAGAUAACUUCAGAGCCCAUGACUACAGAUCUGGACCCGGAGGAUGAGGAGGACGAGGACGACUCUGAAGACGCCCUGAAUGAAUUUGACUUUCUGGGCUCGGGGGAGGAUGGGGAGGGGGCGGGAGAGGCCCGGAUCUCGGGCGAUGGACGGGAGAUAGAAAACCGCAGGAACAAGCUGCAAGGCAUGAUGUCGGACUUCCCACCUAAACCAUCUCCGCCCCCGUCUGUAUCGGGACAGGCUCGCUCUGGGGAAGGUGGUGCCCUAGGAUUCUCCUCUGAUGUCUUUAUCAUGGACGCCGUUGGAGGAGGUGACAUGAACCUGGGUGAACUGGCGGAUCUCACCGUCGCCAACGACAAUGAACUCUCCAUUGAUAUGCAGGACAACAGAGAGGAGUUCAAGAAGACCUGGAAUCCUCGCUUCACGCUGCGCAGCCACUUUGACGCCAUCCGGGCGUUGACGUUCCACCCCAGCCAAGCUGUGCUGCUCACGGCGUCUGAGGACGGCACGCUAAAGCUGUGGAACCUCAACAAGGCCAUGCACUCAAAAAAGAACGCAGCUUUGGACGUUGAGCCCAUCUACACCUUCAGGGCACACAGUGGAGCGGUGCUGUCGCUGACCAUGAGUGAGGACGGAGAGUCCUGCUACAGUGGCGGUCUGGACGGAAGCGUCAGAUGUUGGAAGAUGCCCGACCUCAACGUAGACCCUUACGAUAACUACGAUCCUGGCAUUCAGAGCAGCGUGCUGGACGGCCACGAGGACAGCGUUUGGGGUCUGACGUAUUCGUCGGUUCACCAUCGUCUCGCUUCCUGCUCGGCUGACGGCACGAUUCGCCUCUGGGACCCUCAGAACUCGUCUCCCUGCAUGUCCGUCUUCAACAAGGAGAGAGAGCACGGAACCCCGACUUCUGUGGCCUUUGUGACCACUGACCCCAACCAGGUGGUGGUGUCAUUCGACAGCGGAGAGACGCUGCUCUACGACCUCAACACGGAGCAGAGCGUCACCACGCUAGAGACGCAAACGAAAGACGGCAGUGAACUAAUCAAUCGCGUCGUCAGUCACCCGAAUGAACCCGUUUCCAUUACUGCACACGAGAAUCGCACCAUCCGCUUCAUGGACAACAAGACUGGUAAAGUUGUCCACUCCAUGGUGGCUCACUUGGAUGCUGUCACAUGUCUCACUACGGACCCUAAAGGCACUUACCUCAUCUCUGGAAGCCACGACUGCUCGGUGCGUCUGUGGAUGCUGGACAACAGGACGUGCGUGCAGGAAAUCACCGCCCACAGGAAGAAGCACGACGAGGCCAUUCACGACGUGGCCUUCCACCCGUCCCAGCCCUUCAUUGCCAGCGCUGGCGCAGAUGCACUCGCCAAGAUUUUUGUGUGAAUCCACUGUUGCCAUUUUGCGUCCUGCAACCGCAACUGGGCAAAAGAUGCUGAAGAUGACAGCAGACGAAUUUCUAUCUCUCUCUCUCUCUUUUCUUCUCUCUUUCUCUCUCUAUCACACACACGCAAACGCAUCCAACUGUCCUGCAGCCCACUGGCUGGGUCAUCACCACAGGACAUCAACCCCCCCUGCCCCUCUUCUGCCCCUCACAGUUCUCUGAUGCCUCAGUGACUUCUUGUAAUACUAAUCAUAUCUUGUACUGCUUUUUUACAACUUAAAAAGUUACGGCUGCUCUGUUUUCAAGUAAUCAUAUUUAAAAAAAACACUUUUCUACACUACACUCUCCAGCUUGUUUUCGCCCUCUCUCCAUUCUGCCUGUGUUUAUUAAGACGCACCUUGUCGUGUACAUUUAUGCGCUCUCGCUGCUGACACACUACCCACACUUCACUGACAGGUUUGCACCGUCGCCUGUCCUUUCUGAUCUUCGGUUUGAAUUUAUGAGCAAAGUGUUUCUGGCAGACAAACAACAGGGUUCAGAAGAAACCCGAUCCAGGCUCUGCUUUGGAAAUUAUCUCACAUUCCAAAGGAUCCAUGCAGGUUGUGUUUGUUCGGUUCCACGUUUUGGAUAGGAGAAUGUUUUACCUCGGUUGUGUGUAAUAUCAGGAGACACUAAGCAGUAAACAAAUAGCUUUACUUUUAAAUAUCUUAUCACUUCAUCUCGUUUCAUUCCUCCGUGUGGCGUCCCGUGAUUCUGCGUCUUCUCCUGUGGGUUGCUGUUUAAAGGCAAAAAAAAAAAAAAAAAUGCCCCUGAAACAACAGAUUCCCACAGUCAUGAUCCAUUUCAAACUGAUGCUCUCACACUACAUUACACGGCUGAAGAUAGAGAUUAUAGGACCCCAGCUGAAAUCAGUAGGCUGUAAAGGUGUGAGCCUGGCCUUCGCGCUCUCGGCAAAUGGCACAGAUGCUGCCAUUUGGUGCUUUUUACUGUACAGUGGAGUGUGUGUGUGCGUGCAUUGUGUGUUUGUGAAUGCACUAUUUAAACCAUGGUGCUACAAAAAGACCUCAUCAGUCUUGAGUCAGAAUCAGGGACCUGUUUGUUAUGUUUCGGUGUGAUUGUCAGCACUUUUUUAAUCCGCUUCGUUCGGUUGUGUCAUUUCAUUAGCCGUGGCUACGUUUCAGAAUUAGCCGUCGCUGUUAAUGUUUUGAUUGAGGAAUGUGAAGAGUUGUGAUUGUUUCAGGCCUGAUUGAUGUGCAGGUCUGAUCCUGAGAGGGUCAUUUUGAGCUUUCAGAAGAGCUUCAUGAAGGCGGUGCCAGUUUGUGGGGGUGGUGGGGGGGUUACGGGUUGUUUUGUUGCUGGUUUUUAAUAUUUUAGAAACACCAGAACUCAUUCAGCUUUCUGCUGAAGAUGAAAAGAUGGGUUCCUUCUUGCUCCAGAGGCAUCCGAGGGAAAAUGUUAACUUUUGGUUAGAAGUUUGCAAACACUCAGCAAAAUUAUCAUUUUCGUUUGUGAGCUGUUAAUGUUUUUUUUUUAAAACCUUUUUUAGGAUAACUUAAAAAAAAAAAAAAAAAACAGGUUUGGGGGCACAAAUUUGCAUUUAUUGUGGAUUUUUUCUUUUAACCACACAUGAUCAAAACAACACAGAUACACUCAAAAACUAAGGUAUUGGUAAUUGUCCCUUAAUAAAUAACACUUUGACCACAAGCAUUUUGCAGUCUAUUUCGACUUUCAUUGGACUGCAUGUCAGUUGGUUGGUUUCCUGCCAUAGACUUGGAUUUUAAGCAUAUCUUGUAUAUUUUCAGUACUGUUGAGAUGAGGGCCUUUUCAUAAAUUUAAUAUUUACUGGCGUUAAAAAAAAAAAUAUUGUGGAGUUUGAGACAAGCCACAAUGAAUUUAAAUUUGUGUUCUUGCUUUCUCUUUUCUAAUUCAUUGAAGUUUUAUCUUGUAUUAUGGGUCAGCCCAAGUGAAGAAUGGUUGAAAUAAGUCUUUAAAAGUCCAGCACAAAUAUGCUGAUGCGUGUAAAACUCUGAACUGAACGUUCUUCUUGGGGGGCGUGGGGGGAGUAUUGAUGUAAAAAAAAAAAGUGUGGGUGUUAUUCGACGCUGGUGACACCUGG